AUGGCUUUAACAGUUGAUUUGUCUUACAAUUCCUUCUCAGGAUCAAUUCCAGAUAGUUGGAAGAACUUGAGAGAACUAGGACUCCUAAACCUAUGGAGUAAUAGGCUGUCUGGUGAAGUUCUAGGACACCUCUCUGAUUUGAAACAAUUGCAACACAUUAUUUUGGGAGAAAAUGAAUUUUCUGGAAACAUACCAGUAGAGAUGUCACAACACUUAGAAAUGGUCAUAUUGGGAGGUAAUCAUUUUGAAGGGCCUAUUCCUGCACAACUAUUCAAUCUCUCUUCUUUGUUGCACUUGGACCUUGCACAUAACAAACUUUCAGGUUCUAUGCCAAAGUGCGUCUACAACUUGACAGAUAUGGUUACUAAUCAUUUUACUCCUUCUUUGGGUAUCACAAUUGAGUUGUUUACAAAAGGUCAAGACUACAAGUAUCGACUCCGUCCUGAAAGACGAACUAUUGACCUUUCAGCCAAUAGCUUGUCUGGUGAAGUAACAUCGGAAUUAUUUCGGCUUGUUCAAGUUCAAACAUUAAACUUAUCUCACAAUAAUUUCAUUGGAACAAUACCGAAAACAAUUGGAGGCAUGAAAAAUUUGGAAUCUCUCGACCUCUCCAACAAUAAUUUUUCUGGUGAAAUUCCUCAGAGCAUGUCUUCGUUACACUUUUUGGGUUAUUUGAAUUUAUCUUACAACAAGUUUGAUGGAAAAAUCCCAAUAGGAACUCAACUUCAAAGUUUUAAUGCAUCGAGUUAUAUUGGGAAUCAUUAUCUAUGCGGAGCUCCUCUUAAUAAUUGUACCAUAGAAGAAGAAAAUCCUAAAAAUUCAAAGUUGUCUACAAAGAAUGAAGAUGAUGACUCUAUCAAAGAAUCAUUGUAUCUAGGGAUGGGAGUUGGAUUUGCAGUAGGUUUCUGGGGGAUUUGUGGUUCUUUGUUUCUUAUUAGAAAAUGGAGGCAUGCAUACUUUUGGUUUAUUGAUGGAGUAGGUGACAAGCUCUAUGUUACUUUAAUUGUAAAGUUAAAUAGCUUUUUGCAGAAAUAGAGUUCUUGUU